UUCUUCGUUUUCAUUUUAGGGAUCUUAUACAUUUCCAUUCCGCGAAGAAAGUGGAACUGACCAGUGUUCAAUUUGUACGAUAGCGUUGAGGAGGAAAGAAGAUGUCGCAUACCAUUCUGCUGGUGCAGCCGGGCCGGAAUCCGGAAACUCGAACCUACAGCGACUACGAAAGCGUGAACGAGUGCAUGGAGGGGGUGUGUAAAAUCUACGAGGAACAUCUGAAGAGGCGCAAUCCGAACACACCGACCAUCACGUACGACAUCAGCCAGUUGUUCGAUUUCGUCGAUCAGCUAGCGGAUCUGAGCUGCCUCGUGUAUCAAAAGUCAACCAACACGUACGCCCCGUACAACAAGGAGUGGAUCAAGGAGAAGAUUUACGUGCUGCUGAGGCAAGCCGCAGGGACCACCGACUAAGAGUACCGAAGCCCCCGCCCCCUUCACCCUCGGCAUACUUCGAGGGAAAUUUUCUAAUAUUUUACUACCUUGUACUUUCUCGUUCUCCCUUCGAAGUCCAGUCUUUGCGCCAUCUACCGGUGCAAACGGAAGCUCUAAUCCUUACCUACCAUACAGUAGUAUAUCACUUGAUUUACGAGUCAAAACCUAAUGUAAUCAACACGAUCGAGUUUUAAUAAAUGCCUCAUAAAACUUGACUUGCAAAUAACUGAAGAAAGACGGACAAACGGACAGAACAAACUCAUUCUCAAUAUUUAGACCCAACAAACAAACGAAGUGACAAACAAGAGAAAACGGAGGAACAAGAAGAAGAAGAUGAAAUUCUGUGUAUUUAAUUUACUUCAUAUUUUAAUUUAAUUUUUUUUUUUGCAAUUACUUGUGAAGCGUAUGAGCAGUAAUUAAAGGUAAUGAUAAAGCAAAUAAAAACUAAAAAUGUCGUAUAGAGA